CAUUGUAGCAAUUUACGGGGGAAAAAAGAUGAACAAAAACACAGAGAUUUUCUUCCCUGCUCUCUAGUAGCAAACACCACAAAAAUCACCAUAGAAAGUGCACAAAUGUUGCAAUCCAUACACACCCUCCCUCCAAAUUCCUUCCUCACUUCAACUCACUCUCUCUCCACCAAUCUUCUCCUCAAACCCUUUCUCUCUCCUCUUUCUUUCCUCCACAAACCCACUUCAACUCACUCUCUCUCCACCAAUAUCCGCCCCAUUUCACAACCAUGGCCGCUCUUCGCCGCCUUUCUGGACGACGGACCCAUCGAACUUUCGCCGGAUGUACCCUCCAUUUUCGCUACAAAUGACGACCCUACUCCUCUCCAAAUCUCCACUAGUGUUCUUCUUACUGGGUCUAUUACUGUCUUUCUCUUUCGCUCUAUUCGUCGUAGAAUUAAACGAUCUAAGGAAUUGAGAAUGAGAUCCUCUGGUGCUAAGAGUUUGAAAGAGGAGGCAUUGGAUAGCUUAAAAGCUAUUGGAUCAGUCUCGCUAGAACCUAAAGCUUCGCCAUCCCCGGUUCAGGCCUUCUUGGGAGGGAUCACUGCGGCCGUGAUUGCUGUCAUUCUGUACAAGUUUACUACAACUAUUGAGGCGGGUCUUAAUCGGCAAGCUACCCCUGAUAGUUACUCGGCUCGUCAAAUUACGGUUACAAUAAGGACUAUUAUCAAUGGAUUGUGCUACCUUGCAACAUUUAUCUUUGGGUUCAAUUCUCUGGGCUUAUUCCUUUUAUCAGGGAAGCUCGCACUUGACUCCAUAGGUGAAGACUCUGCGGGUAGUGACGGGAAUACUACUGACGUAAAGGAUUCCAGUUCCCCCAGUCUGUCAUCCGAAAGCCCUAGUACUCAGGAAAGUAAUGAUACUGAUCAAACUUGUUAAUAUAAGGUGUCGUAACUGGUAAGAUUAAUUAGUACCAGUUAUCCAUUUAGUUUACAGGAGUAAAAUGUAAUUCUAUGUUGAUCACACUUUAAAUACAGCACAACAGCUGCAUAAGGUGCAGAUUUUGUAUGUAUGAAACUUGUUAAAUUCACAUCAACAUACGGCACAAGAAGUCCAGGCAAGAGAAUGGUUCAUGCUACGAAAUGAUUAA